UGUCUCUGUUUGACUCUUCCUCUCUGCUUUGUUUUGUUUGCAUGCACCUUAUUUCCUAGUCCUAACACUGCAGCUUCCUCCCUUUCUCCCUUUUUUCACAGUUUCCUCAUCUUCCACUAUCAUAUGUUUUUUGCUCCCACCUUUUACAUUCUUCAGCUGCUUCUGCUUUUUCUAAUGGAUAUUUACAUUGAGCAUCUGAAAACAUUUGAUACAAGUUGAAGUUCAUCUGAUGAAGGACUUGUCUUAAAGAGCGUAGUCUUUUGCUGUUCCUAGAGCAAUGGGUGCGGAGUCAUGGUUUCAUAGUUUGUGGAGGAUUCCUCGGAAGCAUGAUGCUAAUUCUGAGAAGUUGGUAAUUGGAGUAUUAGCAUUUGAAAUAGCAAGCUUGAUGUCCAAGGUGGUUAAUUUAUGGCAAUCAUUGAGUGAUAAACAGAUUGCUAGGUUGAGAGAGGAGACCACUGAUUCAAUUGGCCUAAGAAAGCUUAUUUCAGAUGAUGAGAAUUUCAUUGUACGCUUGAUCUGUGUAGAGAAACUUGAGAAUAUGGCACAUGUGGCAGAGUCCGUGGCUAGGCUUGGGAAGAAAUGCAGCGAUCCAAUUUGGAAAGGUUUCGAGAAUGCCUUUUAUGAGUUUAUUGCUAUGGGUGUUGAUCCAUAUGGGUGGGAAUUUACUGGCAAGAAGAUGGAGAAAAAUAUUAAAAAGAUGGAAAGGUUUAUAUCAACUAAUGCAACUUUGUAUCAAGAGAUGGAGCAAUCUCUUACAAGAUUGAAGACUAAUGGUGAGUCAAGUGUGUUAGAUUUAAUUGAGUAUCAGAAGAUGGUUGCAUGGAAGACACAGGAGGUGAAGCACUUGAAGGAUAUUUCUCUGUGGAACAAGACAUAUGAUUACACAGUACAUCUUUUAGCAAGAUCGUUAUUCACAAUAUACCGAAAGAUUAGCCAGGUAUUCGGAGUUCAGGAGAUUGUAGAUGUGAUCUAUCAAAAAAGAAACGAGAUUGUAGAUGUUGGUGGAAUCGAUAAUUCAAGUGUCUUAAAUUCAGAUUUAAUUCAUAGAAGUAAAUUUUCUGCUCUAUUGCAAUCUCCUCCACCGAAAACCCUUGGUGCUGCUGCUUUAGCACUGCAUUAUGCAAAUGUCAUCAUAGUGAUUGAGAAGCUGGCGGCUUCUCCGCACUUGAUCGGUCUCGACGCAAGGAAAGACCUGUACAACAUGCUACCUAGACGCGUGACAGCUGCCCUUAGGGGCAAGUUGAAGCCAUAUACCAAUACCAUGGCCUCUUCAUUAGGGUAUGACCCGAGUCAGGCAGAAGAAUGGACUCAAGCAAUGUCAAGCUUAUUGGAAUGGUUGGCACCGCUUGCUCAUCACAUGAUAAGAUGGCAAUCUAAGAGGAGUUUCGAGCAGCAAAGCUUUGUUUCCAGGACGAAUGUGCUGCUGGUGCAGACCCUUUACUUUGCAAACCAAGAAAAGACGGAACAGGUAAUCACGGAGCUUCUUGUGGGUCUGAACUAUGUCUGGAGAUAUGGUAUGGAGCUCAAUGCAAAAGCUCUAGCAGAGUGUGGCAGUUUAAGGGUAGACAAUGGAUAUCCUAAUCUGAAUGGUUAAACAAGUUGUGUUAAGGGCAUGGUCACUGAUUAUAGUUCCUUGCCAGAAACUAAGAUGAGGAAUUGCAGAAACACCAUCCAUCAGUCUUUUUCAGAUCAACCAAUGUGAGUGAAAUGGUAGUUGAAGUAUGGGAGGAUUAUCUAUAUGCUCAGUACUAUGGAAAUUUAGUAUCAGAAUGCUUUCUUGGUGAGGAUUUUUUGGAACAUUUGUAGUUAAUUUUCUUUGAUGAUUUCCAAGCUGCUAGAACUUGGAUGGCUGGUCUCAUCUUUGCAAUGUUGGCCUUCUUUCCACUUUUUCUCUUUGAAGAGUUCCUAAAUGUUAUUUAGGGUGUGCAUAUUUAUGAGCAUUAUUAUGUAUUAAAUUGUAUAGCACUAUGGCAUGAUGUUGAAUGGCUUUAUCUCUAUAUCUUCUGAAUUGUCAAGCAAGAGAAUUGUAUAUUACUGAUAGUAUGAACCAUGACCUUUUCUUCUGUUCAGAGUUGAGCGAAUUCAAGUGCUGCUUUCGUUAUUGUGUUA